CAUCGCGCUCACAUUCAACAGGAGGCAAGUGGUGGAUGCGGAUGGAAACUUAUACUUCGUAUUUGCCAUCUUCACCAAAGUAGAGGCAUGCACUCAAAGCUAAAAUUCUAAAUGGGAUGCGUUCAGGCGACUGCGGUGGAGUCGAAGCUGACAGGUCUUUUUAUUCAAAGUUAAGAUAAUUUUUACUGGCGUAUUGCGGAUAGGUGCGUUGCGCGCGGUGGUGCAGCUAACUACUCUGUUUCUCUAAAGAUUUCAAGGACACUGCCUGAAAAAAAUACUUAUUCCACAGUAGGAAGUGAUAAUUGAAGUCACAAUGGCAGCUGUGGCACUCAAUGGAUCGAACAUAACAACGGGGAACUUUACGAAUCAGUUUGUUCAGCCGCCUUGGCAAGUUGCCCUGUGGUCGGUCGCCUACAGCUCCGUUUUGGCGGUGGCUGUGUUCGGAAACCUCAUUGUCAUAUGGAUAAUUCUCGCCCACAAACGAAUGCGGACAGUCACCAACUAUUUCCUUUUGAACUUGGCAUUUUCGGACGCAUCCAUGGCCGCCUUCAACACAUUAAUUAAUUUCAUAUAUGCUGCCCACGGAGACUGGUACUUCGGAGAGGCUUAUUGCAGGUUUCACAACUUUUUCCCCGUCACCUCCGUGUUCGCAAGCAUCUAUUCGAUGACUGCAAUUGCCGUUGAUAGGUACAUGGCCAUCAUCCACCCUCUGAAGCCACGGUUGUCGGCCACAGCCACCAAGGUGGUGAUCAUGUGUAUCUGGGCGCUGGCUGUGGUGCUGGCCUUCCCCCUCUGCUUCUACUCCACCAUCCGCAUCCUGCCCCGCCGGACCAUCUGCUAUGUGGCCUGGCCCCGCAAGGAGGACGACCCCUUCAUGUUUCAUAUCCUUGUGAUGCUACUGGUCUACCUACUGCCCCUAAUGGUAAUGGGCAUCACCUACACCAUCGUCGGGGUGACACUGUGGGGGGGAGAGAUCCCGGGGGAUUCAUCUGACAACUACCACGGACAGCUCCGGGCCAAGAGGAAGGUGGUCAAGAUGAUGAUCAUCGUGGUGGUGACCUUCGCCCUCUGCUGGCUGCCGUACCACGUCUACUUCAUCGUGACGGGCCUCAACAAGGCUCUGAUGAGGUGGAAGUCCAUCCAGCAGGUCUACCUGUCAGUGAUGUGGCUGGCCAUGAGCUCCACCAUGUACAACCCCAUCAUCUACUGCUGUCUCAACAGCAGGUUCCGGGCUGGCUUCAAGCGGGCGUUCCGCUGGUGCCCCUUCGUCCAGGUGUCCAGCUAUGAUGAGCUGGAGCUGAGGGCCACCCGUCUCCACCCGGCCCGCCAGAGCAGCAUGUACACCCUGUCCCGCAUGGAUACCUCCGUGGUAGUGGUGUAUGACCCUGUAGACGGAACAAACAACCAGAACCAGGCCAGGAAGAAGAGCUACGCCAACCAGAGAAUGGAAAAUGGGCUUGGUUGCAAUGGGAACGGGGCCAAGGCUAAGGCAGGCUGCGCCCCCAAUGCUGAGGCUGAGGACUUCUCCUAAAGGAGGGCAUACUGGAUGCAGACACACACUGUCAGGCAUGAGCGAACACACAGGCAUGUGUUCACACAGGCAUGUGUGUACAGUACAUGCAGAGACGGAUGGACAUUACAAACAUACAUACACGCUGUCCCUGUCAAUACACACACAUGCAAACACACACUUUUCAAAGAGUUCAGAGAAUAUCGCUAAAAACACAUUUUAGAUGAGAAGCAGGAAUUAAUUGUCAAAUAUAACCAUCAGAUAGCAUAUUGUUGUUCGGUCUGUAAUACUAUGAAAAUCACUGAAGUGUACUGUAUAUAAAAACAUCCAUAAGAAAAAAAGAUUGACAAAUUAUGCCUGGCCAAGUAACAUCCUGAAUGCAAUGGCUACUGAGUGUUUAAAACAUGAUGAACACCUGCUCUUUCCAUGACAGACUGACCAGGUGAAUCCAGGUGAAAGAUAUGAUCCCUUAUUGAUCCACUUCAAUCAGUGUAGAUGAAGGGGAGGAGAAAGGUCAAAGAAGGAUUUUGCUGGGUUUUUUUUCCACGCUCAACGUUUCCCGUGUUGUAUCAAGAAUGGUCCACUACCCAAAGGACAUCCAGCCAACUUGACACAACCGUGGGAAGCAUUGGAGUCAACAUGGGCCACCAUCCCUGUAGAAUGCUUUCGACACCUAGAUUCCAUGCCCCGAUGAAUUGAGGCAAUUCAAGAUUAGGAAGGUGUUCUUGAUGUUUUGUACACUCAGCUCCAAAAGUAUUUGGCCAGUGAAAAUAUGUUUGCUGUUUUGGCUCUGUACACCACCAGCACAUUGGAUUUUAAAUGAUAUGAGGUUAACGUGCAGAUUGUCAACUUUCAUUUGUUGGGUAUUUUCAUCCAUAUCGAGUGAACCGUUGAGACGUUACAGCACUUUUAGAUUCUCUCUGCUACAGUAGAUACCAGAGAGAAAACAUUUUCUGGAGCAACCUAUAUCUUUAGGUAGUGUGUCCAUAGCUACCAUUUGUAGCAGUGUGUUUUAGCUGUAGUCUUAUGUGAUGUAUAGAAUGACUGGUCCCAUUUUAAACAAACCACAACUUACAAAGACUUCAUAUAGCAUACUAAAGUGCAGACGAUCAGCUUUAAUUUGAGGGUAUUUCCAUCCAUAUUGGGUGAACUGUUUUCAAAAAUGCUAACCUCCCCUGUUAUUGUUAUGGUGAGAGGUUAGCAUGUCUUGGGGGUAUGAUAUUUCUGCGUCUCUAACUACAGCUCCCUGCUAUAUUGCACAGUUGUGCAAUGUGCACAUUGAGCUCACAGAAAACCUCAGAAAUAAAUGGAAUUCAAAUAAUUGAACUGACUUUGGUCAAUUAGUGGUUUUAGAAACUGAAAAAUAAUCUACAUUUCGGUUAAUUGCUCAGCACUUACAAAUACUAAACUUGUAAGUACAUUUUUCCCACUGCUUUUGGUCCCCUAAAAUGGGAGGAGUAUGUACUGUACAAGAAGUGCUGUAAUUUCUAAACUGAUAUCGAUGAAAAUACCUCCAAAUGAAAGCUGACAGACUGCAUUUUAACGGCAUUGUCAUUGUAUCAUUUUAAAUCCAAAGUGCUGGCGUACACAGCCAAAACAGCAAAAAAUGUGUCCCCCGAUACUUUUGGAGCUCACUGUAUAUAACAUAUUGUAUAUUAUGAAAUACUGUAUAGAUUUGAAACAAUGUACAGAGUUCAUGUGAAGAGAGACAGCAUGCUACGUCAUCAACGUAUUGUUUACGCAAUAAUGUUGGCCAGUAUUCCAUUUUACAAUGAUGUGCUGGGGGGAAACAGGCAGAAUCCAUGCCCCCCUGACGACGGUUAUUCUGUAUGCACGUUCCGCACUGAGCUGAAUGAUCCUUUCUCAUCACACACACUCACACUCACACACACACACACACACACACACACACACACACACACACACACACACACACACAUACACACACACACACACACACACACACACACAUACACACACACACACAUACACACACACACACACACACUCACACACACAUACACACACACUCACACACACACACACACACACACACACACACACACACACUCAGCACGGUGGGAGAUUUACAAUUAACAUGCCAUGGAGGAGCCCAUAAAAUACACACGGACACCUCGGAGUACACCUAAACAUUCCCUCCUUUGAUCUUUUGCUUGCGGAGCUAUGAUUGAAACACUGGGCUUGCCGUGUUAGUUUCUGGGUCAUGCUAUUGUAAACUGUAUAGGCUAGACUACCGUGUGCCAGAUCCUCAUGUGCCGCUCUAACAUCAGCACAUUUGAUUGACCUGUGUUUAAGAUAUAGGCUUGCUAGAUACCAGAGAGAGAACAUUUUCUGGAGCAACCGAUAUCUUUACGGUAGUGUGUCCGUAGUUACCAUUUGUGACAGUGGCUUUUAGCUGUAGUCUUACGUCAUGUAUAGAAUGACUGGUUCCAGUUUUAAAAAACUGUGACUUUUAUAAAGGCUUCAUAUGGCAUACAUAUGGUAAGCACGGCACAGAUUCCACGGCACGGCACAGACUGUCAAGUCUUAUGUCAUGUAGUUACAUCCUGUAUAGAAUGACCAAAGUAUCCGUCUAUCCCUCCAUUAUGCCCCAGUUGUAACCUCUUUAGCCACUUAGUGAUUUCCAAUGGAAAAAACUGUUGAUUAAACGCGCCAGUAAGAAAUAUCUUUGUUAAUUGAGUUUUGAUGGCAUGCCAUCGCUGCAGUGAAUCUGGUUUGAUUACCAAAUGGUCCCUCAACUUUUUUUCCCCAUAGUCCCGUGCGUGUGCAAGUGCGUGUCCUUGUGUGUGAGUGCAUGUGAGAGUGCACAUUUGUGUGUGUGUGUGUGCGCGUGUUAGGUGUUAGUGUGUAUGCACAUUGUUUUUCCUCCAUAGUCCUAAAUGGUCAACAUUAGGCCACUAUUGGCAACAAAGCAAACUAACGACCACACAAAUGUGCACAUAAAUAACGAGCUAAUUGUUAAUUUAAAGCGGCGUCAUUGAUCUGAAUCCGAAUGCUUCGAACAGCGUAAAUAGAUGCCCAUUUGUUACUGCUAAUGUUUUAAAGCAGUGUCCAUGUUUUUCUAUGUUUGGGUAGCUUUGUGGUUGAUACACGCUUUCAAAUAGGAAAACACGUGCAGGGAAAACUGAUGUGGAAUGAAAGUAGCAGAUGACAAUUGCUCGUCUUUGUUUUUUAGCUGCCCACCUACUUUUAUUUUGCCUUCAUAUUCCCAUUGAGAAUAACAUCACCUCCUGCAUUGUACGUACAAAUAGUACUGUAGCUUUGAAAGAAAUGGCCACAAUGAGGUUUUUAUACGAUCACAGUGUUUAGAUGUGUGUGUGUGUGUGUGUGUGUGUGUGUAUGUGUGUGUGUGUGUGUGUGUGUGUGUGUGUGUGUGUGUGUGUGUGUGUGUGUGUGUGUGUGUGUGUGUGUGUGUGUGUGUGCUUGUGCGUGCGUGCGUGCAUGUGCCCACGGAGCAGAGUUUUCAUGAUCACAGUGCAUGUGUGUGUGUGUGCGUCCACAGUACAGUGGUUAAUAGUGACCACAGUGUUUAGAAUCUAGAUUUCAGGUAAACCCUUGGGCCAUCAAUUAGAGGGGUGGUAUGUCUCCCCUGUGUGUGUGUGUGUGUGUGUGUGUGUGUGUGUGUUUGUGUGUGUGUGCUUGCGUGCAUGUACUAUAUAUAUGUGUGUGUAAUUCUUCUGGGUUUAAAUCAAGUGCUGGCACUAGCACCAGGCGUCUCUUCAGCCUUUGUCUUGUUUGGCUCGACACUCCAACAAGAGAAUAACCACGUUUGGUUUAGGGUAUUUCUUCCCCUGACCAACGAGCCGUGUUCUACCCAAUAGCCCAGCGCAGUAUAAAGACAUUACAUACCAUAGCUCAGGUUCCACGCUGUCUGAUAGGGGGUCUCUAGGGGGUCUUCUGCCAACUCCCUCAUGGGGCAAAGUUGAUUCAAAGCCUGAUGCACCGGUCUUACCUUGGCCCCCCAAGGCCCUUGCAGCCGGUGAAGUGUUGUAUUUUGUCACAGUUUGAAUUGAAAUGUAAUGGUUUUUUUUUUCUCCAGAUGACAGACUACCCACCUGUGGCCCUCAGCUUGACUUAAAGAUAACAUGAAAAUAACAGCUGUGUGGAUGGAGAAGAAAAAAACACCCGGUAGUGAAGGUAACAAACUGUACGCACAACGAGUCACAUUCAGUAGCGUUAUCAAAUAUCAGUGGGGUUGCAUCGCUGUGACAGGCUGCAUCACAAGUGACGGAAUGUAGUUAUUUAGUUUAGUACUUGAGCAUGAUACCUCAUUUUAAAGCGGUGCAUUUAUGCAAUAAAAUGUGAGGAUUGGAGUCAUUCUAGAAAAUGCUAUGGUGAUACAGAGGCAGGAAUUUGGCACGAUGUUGUAACGGCAGUGAGCAGGUUAAUCGAACGACAUGAAGAGCAUUAUAACUUUGAUCAAAGACAUUUUCUCGAUGUUCUUUUCGUGACACGCACUUUCGUGUGCUUGUUUUGAUAUGAGCUAAUGUGACCAUUCGAUUUGAUAGGGAUGUGAAUGCAUAUAUUAACAGUGAGAUCAGGCUAGAUUCAGUUUCAUAUCGCCCUUCGUCUUCUCUGCGAGGAUUCCUCCCAACGUUUCCCUAGACGUGAAGUCAACACGGUCUUACCAGAAUAUGUGAAGAUGGUGAUGUUAAACCAUUGUAGUUAUAUGCCACUUAAGCUUUUGUAUUAGCUGUAAUAUCACUUACAAUGACAUGACUUACCUAAUCUGAUGUAUUACUUGCGGGUCACUUAUUGUUCUAAUGUCAUUGUAAAGACGCCAUUGUCUAAGAUUAGGGACAGGUUGUCCUAAUGUUCUAUAACGUCAACAUUCUGACAUAUUUCUAAUGGAGGUAUGUCUGGUGUUGCUGGGGAAUGCCAAUAGAAUGUUCUAAGCCUUUAUGAAAGAAUGUAAAAAAAACUUUAGAGACGUUAUGAUUCAAGAAUGUAAAGAAAUACUGUAUUUGCGUCGUGUAUUUCAUUACGUGUUGUCAUAGUGUGUUUGAGCUACAGUUUUUAUCAUUCAAUGGCAAAUCAAGCUUUUCAUCGAUACUCCAACUGUUUUGAUACAGUGUUGGUAUUCAUUAAGAUAUGGUUUGAUACAACAAGAAGCAAAAUACAGCAACAACGGGGGGAAAAAUGUUGUGAUGUCAGUCGUCCUUUGUGAUGUCAGUCGUCCUUUGUAUAUUUGUGUUGCUGAAGACGAUGUUUUAGGUUUAAUGUAUAACUAAUGGUGCCUCUAUCAAAUGGUAGGUCUUUUUGCUUUGCAGUUGUCCAGAUUUAACUGAUUUGAUAACACUUAAAUGUAAAGGGCCCUGAAUAAGGAUAUACCACAGGGUAAUCAGUCAUCACACCUUCACAGUGCUAAUGGCAGCAUACAGUAUGCAACAAACUCCCAGUUGACCAAUGCUGCGUAGUGACUUAACAUUGGCAUAAGAUAUUAUGAAUGUUCAUGUAGUGCUUAUAAAGUUGUAAUGUGAUGCUUAUGCAUGUGGUACAAAGUAUUUCUGCACAACCUCUUCUAAAGAUAGUUUUAUAUGGGCCAGUUUCGUGUACCCAGGUUAAGUUUAUUAAUGGACUCAAAAUGUGCUUUGAAUAGGCUUAAUUUAGGUAUGUGAACCCAGCCUGCACUAAACAGUAUUGUUCUGCUAUCAAUGUACACAAUUCUGUCUUAGCUUAAUGUCAAGGGUCUGUCUAUGGUCUUAUCGUGAAUGUUUACAUCUACACAACCAAAAAUAUCGAAUUUACAACACUUUAUUGUAAUGCAUUCCAAAUUGAAGAAACAUACACUUGGAAAAUCCUGUUUGCUUGGAUUGAAAAGUGUUUCUGAGUUACAUGUACAUUUACAAGCGGCAUAAGAACAGUGACAAGCAGCAUGUGUAUAACUUUCAGUGAUAACAGUAGCACAGGCCCUUCCAAUUUAAGACGUGUGAUCCUAAAUCAAUACAUUCAAUUCUGGACAUUGUGAACAGUCUUGUGUUAGUUGUUUAUGACCGACUGGUGGAGUUUUGGUUGACUUUCGUCACAACAUGGACUUUGUCAUUGUCAAUGGAAAGUGAUCCUGUAAAUAAAAUAGUUGUAUGUUCUUUA